AUGUUCCCAACACAAUGGAUAGCCAGAUCAAUACCAUUUCUAGGACAAGAGAAGCCUUGCAUAUACGGUUUCAUUCACAAUUCAGAGUAUCAUUACUAUGGAUUCUACUUGUGUAACUUUGAGAAUGUAUGGAAACAGGAGGUGGACAAGCAGAAGUUAGUUGAUCUUGCCCGAUCUAUUGGAAUUGAGGAUAUGUCGGAUGUUGAAUUAGGGGAGCUUGUAAACGAUAUCAGUCGUUAUAUCCCAGAAAAAAUGGAGUUUAAACAGGAUGGUAUAAAUGUUAUUGCCGAAACAGUUGGUGAUAUACAAUGGGUAUUUAAUCUUUCGAGGCAAAGCCAGGAACAAACUAUAGGCUUUCUUUACAAAUUGAACUACCAGCAGUUUGAGAACAUAUGUUUUAUGAAAUUUCAGGUCGAUAAUCUUAAGGAAGUUAUUUCUGUAAAAGAUCAGUACUCGAGAUUUUUAGCCACAAAUUUCAAACAAAGCCAUGGUAUGGAUAUGAUAAACAACUAUAAGAAAAAUAACCGGUCGGAUAUUGAAUUUAUAGAAAGGUUUGAUGAGAGAAAAUGGGAGAAAAAGAUAGUGUUCCAGUAUAGGAAUAAUAAGUAUGGAUUGAAAAGCAAUAUUGAAACAGCCAUCAAGACAGUGUCAAAAUUUGCCAAUUUGAGUCCUGUAAAACUAGAUCCUGUGGAGGACACCCCGUCGCAGUCGCAGUCGACUCAAUCAACUUCAAUGGGGUCACCAAUCAAGCUACAGGUAUCUACGUACGAACUGCUUGUUCCAUCACAGGGAAGGAGCAGCCAAGAUACGCAAUCACCAAGAAAGAGACGAAAAAUAGGGUCUUUAUUUAAGAAAUGA